CCCGUCUGCCUGACAGCUAUAAAGGCGGCUGCGGCCACAGAGCCGCCACUGGGCUGCGCCCCUCCCUUCCCUCCCGGGAUCCCCUCCCUCACACGCUCUUUGAAGUGGGAGAGGGGAGGCUGCUGAGGAGGAGAGGAGGACAAGGCAGAGCUUCGCGUCCCUGGCCUCUGCUUGCUGCUGCUGGCUGCACACCUGGCGCUCAGCCCUGCUCUGGGAGGACAACCUGCUGAGGCCGGGCCAGGAUGGAUGGAGGAUGGCAGUGUUCACAGUGGGCCUGGGCCUUGCUGGCUAUGGCGGUGGUGGCUAGGGGUGCGGCAUCCACGGAGCUCUCGGACAACAGCCCCACGUCCAACAGCCUGGAGGGCGGCGCUGAUGCCACCGCAUACUGGUGGGGAGAGUGGACCAAGUGGACAGCAUGCUCCCGCAGCUGUGGGGGCGGGGUGACGUCCCAGGAGCGACACUGCCUGCAGCAGAGGAGGAAGUCUAUUCCUGGUGCUGGCAACAGGACCUGUACUGGCAUAUCCAAGCGCUACCAGCUCUGCAGCCUGACGGAGUGCCCGCCGGAUGGGAGGAGCUUCCGAGAGGAGCAGUGCGUCUCCUUCAACUCCCGCGUGUAUGACGGGCGGACCUACCAGUGGAAGCCUCUGUACCCAGAUGACUAUGUGCACAUCUCCAGCAAGCCCUGCGACCUGCACUGCACCACAGUGGAUGGCCAGCGGCAGCUCAUGGUGUCCGCCCGUGACGGCACAUCCUGCAAGCUCACUGACCUGCGAGGGGUUUGCGUGUCUGGAAAAUGUGAGCCCAUCGGUUGUGACGGGGUGCUGUUCUCUACUCACACGCUGGACAAGUGCGGGGUCUGCCAGGGCAAUGGGAGCAGCUGCACCCACGUGACCGGAAACUACCGCAAGGGCAAUGUGCCCCUUGGUUAUUCCCUGGUGACUCACAUCCCAGCCGGUGCCCGUGACAUCCAGAUCGUGGAGAGAAAGAAGUCAGCUGAUGUCCUAGCUCUGGCUGACGAAGCCGGUUUCUACUUCUUCAAUGGCAACUACAAGGUGGACAGCCCCAAGAACUUCAACAUCGCUGGCACCGUGGUCAAGUACCGGCGGCCCAUGGAUGUCUACGAGACGGGCAUCGAGUACAUUGUGGCGCAGGGGCCCACCAACCAGGGCCUGAAUGUCAUGGUGUGGAACCAGAAUGGCAAGAGCCCCUCCAUCACUUUCGAGUACACCCUGCUGCAGCCCCCGCCUGCACGCGGCCGCCCGUCUGUCUACUACAGCUUCUCCGAGCCUGCCUCAGCCUCCACCAGCGCUGAGAGCCAGGAGCUGGCCAGUGCCGGGCUCCUGGGCUUCCUGCGGCACAACGCCUCACUGUACGGCCCAGCCUCCUCUGAGCAACUGGACCUGAACAACCGGCUUUUUGGCCCCCAGGGCUCUGAGGUGGACCUGGGCCUCCGUCCGGGCCAGGAGACCAACGAGGUGUGCGAGCCGGCCAGCAGGGGGGCCUGCCAGGGGCCCCCCAGGGGCAAGGGCUUCCGAGACCGCAACGCCACUGGGACGGCGCUCGCAGGAGACAAGGAUGACCCAGAGGCAGAUGUUCAUCUCACCUCCCAGGAGUUCCUCUCAGCCAACGUCAUCUCUGACCAGAUCCUGGACACAGGAUCUGACUCCAAAGAGUUUGUCCUCAACGAGACAGGGAACAGCAUCUUUGCUCAGGGCGCCCCCAGGAGCCCUGAGCCCGAGAGCCUCUACAUGGAUUAUGAGGAAGGGGAAGAAGCUGCCACUCACCUAGUCAAUGGGUCCUACUUAGAGCUGAGCAGCGACAGGGUCACAAACACCUCCUCCGAGGCCCCAUUUCCCAACACCAGCGCCAGCCUCCCCGCACCGGCCGGAAACAGGACUCACAAGGCCAGGACCCGGCCCAAGGCCCGCAAGCCCGGUGUGAGCCCAGCUGACAUGUACCGGUGGAAGCUGUCAUCCCAUGAGCCCUGCAGUGCCACCUGCACCACAGGGGUGAUGUCGACCUACGCCAUGUGCGUACGCUACGAUGGUGUCGAGGUGGACGACAGCUACUGUGAUGCCCUCACACGGCCCGAGCCUGUGCACGAGUUCUGCGCCGGGAGGGAGUGCCAGCCCAGGUGGGAGACCAGCAGCUGGAGUGAGUGCUCACGCACCUGCGGCGAGGGCUACCAGUCCCGCAUUGUGCGCUGCUGGAAGAUGCUGUCCCCUGGCUUCGACAGCUCUGUAUACAGUGACCUGUGCGAGGCUGCCGAGGCCGUGCGGCCCGAGGAGCGCAAGCCAUGCCGCAACCCGGCCUGCGGGCCGCAGUGGGAGAUGUCCGAGUGGUCCGAGUGCACGGCCAGAUGUGGCGAGCGCAGCGUGGUGACCAGGGACAUCCGCUGCUCUGAGGAUGAGGAGCUGUGCGACCCCAGCACCCGGCCCGUGGGGGAGAAGAACUGCACUGGGCCCCCCUGUGACCGUCAGUGGACCGUCUCAGACUGGGGACCGUGCAGUGGGAGCUGUGGGCAGGGCCGCACCAUCAGGCACGUGUACUGCAAGACCAGCGAUGGACGGGUCGUGCCCGAGUCCCAGUGCCAGGCAGAGACCAAGCCCCUGGCCAUCCACCCCUGUGGGGACCGGAACUGCCCGGCGCACUGGCUGGCCCAGGACUGGGAGCGGUGCAACACCACAUGUGGGCGUGGUGUGAAGAAGCGGUUGGUGCUGUGCAUGGAGCUGGCCGAUGGGAAGCCUCAGACGCGCAGCGGCCCUGAGUGUGGCCUGGCCCGGAAGCCACCGGUGGAGAGCACCUGCUUCGAAAGGCCCUGCUUCCGAUGGUACACCAGCCCCUGGUCUGAGUGCACCAAGACCUGUGGCGUGGGUGUGAGGAUGCGGGACGUGAAGUGCUACCAGGGCACUGACAUUGUCCGUGGCUGCGACCCGCUGGUGAAGCCUGUGGGCAGACAGGCCUGUGACCUGCAGCCAUGCCCCACGGAGCCCCCAGAUGAUAGCUGCCAGGACCAGCCGGGCACCAACUGCGCCCUGGCCAUCAAAGUGAACCUCUGCAGCCACUGGUACUACAGCAAGGCCUGCUGCCGCUCCUGCAGGCCCCCCGCUCCCAGCCGGGGUGCUGUGGCCCCUUGACACCCGUGCGCCCCAUCCCGGGGUUGCUGCAGCUCCGGGGAAGCUUCCGGACACCAUCCUGUGGGCUUCCAGGCUGGGAAGAUAUGACACUGAGCCUCGGUCCACUAGAGGGACUUCUGGGCCUCUAGUGCCCGCUAUGGAAGCUGUCACAGAGCGAAUGGACCCUGUAUCUGAGGCUCUCACCAGCAGCCCCAGCCAGUGGCCCCACCCAGCGUGCGAGGUGGUUCCUUCUGCUCAGGGCCUUGCCUGGGCCAGCAGGGCCUUCUCAAGGUGACUUGUAGGUGACUGGGAAGGAAGUGCCUCCUUCGCUCAGGUGACUUGGGUUGCGGGAGCCACAGGGCACCAGGAGGCCCAAAUUGCCUGGGUUCCUGAUGUGGGCAGGAUUCCUCCUUCCAGGGGGGUAAUCUCACGGCCUAGCUUGGGCUCUGCCGGCUGUGUAGGAGCUCCUGUGUCGGAGGGAAUAGGCGUACUUUCUGCCCCAGGGCAGGCCCUCUUUUUCAUGGUGUAUUUGUUCACGGACAGCAGGAUGCCCUGUAAUCCCCCCUCAGUACUCAUCGGUUUAUGUUAAUAAAGUGGUCAAAGAGGUCUUA